GGCCGCGACGAAGAUGGCGACCGCCAUGUACUUGGAGCACUACCUGGACAGCAUUGAGAACCUUCCUUGUGAACUUCAGAGGAACUUCCAACUGAUGCGAGAGCUGGACCAGAGGACAGAAGAUAAGAAGGCAGAGAUCGAUAUCCUGGCGGCAGAGUACAUCUCCACGGUGAAGACGCUUUCUCCGGAGCAGCGUGUGGAGCGCCUCCAGAGGAUCCAGAGCGCCUACAGCAAGUGCAAGGAGUACAGCGAUGACAAGGUUCAGCUGGCCAUGCAGACCUAUGAGAUGGUGGACAAACACAUUCGAAGGCUCGACGCAGACCUGGCGCGCUUCGAAGCAGAUCUGAAGGACAAGAUGGAAGGCAGUGACUUUGAAAGCUCUGGAGGACGAGGCUUAAAAAAAGGUCGAAGUCAGAAAGAAAAGAGAGGCUCUCGGGGUCGAGGCAGGAGGACGUCAGAAGAAGACACUCCAAAGAAAAAGAAGCAUAAAGCAGGGUCCGAGUUCGCUGAUGCCAUCCUGUCUGUGCAUCCCUCCGACGUGCUGGACAUGCCCGUGGAUCCAAACGAGCCCACGUACUGCCUGUGCCACCAGGUGUCCUACGGGGAGAUGAUCGGCUGUGACAAUCCGGAUUGUCCAAUCGAGUGGUUUCACUUUGCCUGCGUGGACCUUACGACGAAACCCAAAGGAAAAUGGUUCUGUCCUCGGUGCGUUCAGGAGAAGAGGAAGAAGAAGUAGGAGAGGCUGUGUCCCGGGCUGCAUCCCCAGAGGAGCAGGCGCGUCCCUUCAGCACGCUGCAGUGUCUUCUUGCAGUUUACGACCACCUUGUUUCAAUUGAAUAACUCGAUGGCCAGUUGUAAUUCUGGAUGUUUCCGAAAACAAACAAGAAACCACCGAGACCUGCUUGCACAGAGGGUCAGUCUUGCAGGGGCUUGCCACAGUGACUUUAUUCUUGUGACUUUCAUCCAGACUCCCCUGCCCCGAACGCGGCAAUUGCUGAGUGAGCCCAAGGGGACUCAGAGGGGGGUUGGCAAACUCGGGCUGCUAGGCGGACACAUUUUAAGCCGGCACACUGCCACCACUCUGCAGUCAGAGGGUCGACCUCGCAUGGUCAUCUGUAGUUUACUAGGACUCUUUUGUGCAGCACGGGGCUCCCCACGCCCCCAGUGCCACCGCAAGCACAUGCGUCGCUCAGCGAGCUGCGUGUGCGGAGGGCCCAGGGCAGUGCUCGCCCGGUGGCUGUCCACGCUCUGACGCUGAUUCCGGUGACUGUGGACUCUCAGCGAGGACACCUGUGAUGUACCUGGGAAGGGCUGUGGGCUCCUCCCGGGAGGAAGUGGCCCUGCCUCCCUGUGCACUGCCCUUUUAGUUUGGACUUGCGGCCCUCCCUCGGCCGGGUUUACCUCCUCGGCCAAACGGCUCUUCGCGAGCCAGGAGCCAGCGGGCCAUCGGUCCCGUGGCCAGCACCGAGCAUCCGGGCCGAGGCCGCGGCUCUCUGGGAGUUCCUGAUGUUUUUACUGUGAAGAUGGAAUUACUGUAGUAGCAUGAAGACCGUGGGGUCUGUGUGUCUAUGAAGUCUACUAAGCUGAUUUUAAAACUCUGUUUAUGCUGCACGUCACUCGAUUGGCAGCUUAUGUCCAAGGGGACUACGAUUGUGUGAUGUGAUUGUAAGUUCGUGUGUGCAGUAGCAGCUCCACAGUGAAGCUGGGAAACUAGAGCGUCCUUCGCAUUUAAUCAGCGUUCACCAAACCGAUUUUGAACCGUCUUUUUGGUAGUAGUUGGGGAAAAAUGCAUCCUUUUGGUCUGUCGAGACACAUUUGUGAUGGUACCUACUGUGUGACCUCUGAGAGCAUCCUCAGACUCUCCAAAACCUCUGGCAUGCGUUCAGAGGAGUUAGAGGAUUCCCGAAGAACUCAGGGGAACCUGUUCCUGUCCUCACACCAGGAAAAGAAACCUGUGAGAUAGAAGUGAAAUGUGAAAUUCGCAAUUUAAGAAGAGUCUCAUUUUCUUUAUGAGGAGGGUCAUCUGGAGUGAUAGACUUGUUUCCUUCUGAUGGCCCCGUUAAUAGUGUAUUUUCCUGCUAGUUUUUAAUGUUUCACUGAGGAGAGGAGAUAAAGCAGAAAGGAACUUGUGGAGCUCUGUAUCCUAGACAGUGCCACCCUGCAAGUAAGUUAACAUUCAGUAAACAAGAACGUCAAGGGGUGGUGGCGGUCAGGGUGCUAUCCAGAUCUAUGACUCUCAGCAGUUCUUUGUCCCCGCAGGGCCUUCUGACUGCCAGUCCUUUCCAGGAGCGAGCCAAGGCGCUUGCCGUCACCUGGCUGUGGGUGUGGGUGAACUGGAGGAUGCUGACGCUCCCAGGUGUCAGGUGCUGGGCAGGUGAGAGGGCGCGGCGGCUGCUGCAGUUCCUCCCGGUCGGCCCCCCAGGUCUGAGGGAGCUUUCUGAGAAUGGAUGCCAUGCUAUAGCCCAGAAAGAAGAGGGUCGGGCUGGCAUCAGCAAGAGCCGGCUGGUUCUCUGCUUCACACCCUCAGUCUCAGCUGUGGCUGUGAGACUAGAGAUGUGUUUUUAUUUAGUAACUUAGCUUUUUGUUAACGCAUGUGUUUAAAAAUGAAAGACUCUUUUACCAUUUUUUUGUGGAGAGGAAUAGCUAAGUGUAGGGAGUUUGUAAUAAGGCAAUGCCUGAUGACUCUUUAGAAGCUAAUUUAAUGCUGAGCAGUUCACACCCACUGUUAUCACCAGGACGUGGUGUGUGUGGACAUAAGGUUUUUGACGGCUGCUUCGGGUUCGAUCGACAUCUGGCUUCCUGAUGUCUUGCUGAGUCCACAGGGACAGCUGGCUUCUGUUAAUGAAGCUUCUGUUUAACACGUGAUGCUGUCUUCUCACCUGUCACUGUAUGCCAGCCCAUGCCUUGAUUUCUAAUUUAAAAAAAUUUUUUUCUAUACUUAUCUGUUUUUAGUGUUUAUUUUUGCCAGUUACAAUAAUAUCACCAAAAUAAUAUACAUAUAGCUUUGGAAAAACCCCAGAAAACAUGAGAAUAGGAAAAUUUCUGGGGCUGGCUGGUUAGCUCACUUGGGUGAGUGUGGUGCUUAUAACACCAAGCUCGAGGGACCCCCGUACUGGCCAGCCGCAGAACAAAUAAAAAGAACAUUUCUUGGGCCAUCGUUUGGAUCCUAACUGAAUGCCUUUCCUGAUGGUCAAUACUGUCUGUGAGUGGGAAAGACUCUCAGGAAUGGUCCUUUGGUUGGAAAAGAAUGUCUUGUCACCUGGCCUGGCUUUGGCCCUGCAUGGACACAGGAGCCAGGCUGCUUGCAUUGUCUGAGCAUCACUCCAGAAGGCCUGGCUGCCCUCUCUCGGGGGCUGAGUCCUGGACCAACCCCCACCCCCACACCUGCCUGGCACUGGACCUGACCCUGGAGGCGGCCGAGGAACCAACUCUGUCUCUUGGAUUGAGGGAGUUCUCUACUGGACCUGGUGGGUCACUCGGCAGCUUUAUCUGAGCCAAGGGGGUGGGUCCUCCACAGCUGUGGGAUUUGCCUGUGAAGGAAGGAGCGUUUUGCUCAGAGCAGAAGCAGAAUCGUUUUCCUCGGUCUCAGUGCUCCAUUAUCAGUCAGCAAUUUGAGGAGAUCCUCUAGUUUUCCUAUAGGAUAAGGCAUGCUACCUUAAAAAGUUGGUUAAACUGAGCCCCUCAACCUGUGAAUGUGCUAGUGGCGCUGUGGCCCAGGACACACCCCACGCUGACCAUGCCCUGGCACAGGUGGACACGAGCCCAGUGUUGGUCAGGGCCAUGGAGGCCGGUCUCUUCCAGUCCACCUGGUGCCGUGUCGGCGGGAGGGUUUGCUGGGAUGGAUGGGGCCAGCAGCCAGCUCCGUGUCACUCCUGUCCCAGAUGGCCGUGCUGCACUCUCCUUCUGACCUGUCCCUGGGAGCCCUUGGCAGGCACUGCUCUGAGCAAUAGUGCUGCCCGAAGAGCAGCUUCCCCAGAGGACCACAGAGCCACCCACGGUGGGCCCUGCCACAGGAUCUGCAGAUGAGGUCUUCGUGGUUUAAAAUAACACAACGAGGGACAUCUGUUAUGGGCAUUGAAGGUUUGUUUCCGUAAGUUUUUAGUGAACAGUGAUUGGUCUCAUUAUGUGUGCUGAGAGGACUUGUAAAAAGGGGAGUCUGAGAAAAAUGUCAUUCAGGGGAGAGUUCUGUGAAGUUUCUUUCUUCCUAGGUAUGCAUUUUAUGGUGUUCACCUUUACCACAUUUCAUCCAAAAAGAUGAUGCAGCUUUAACAUGAAUGUUACAUUUUAUU